AUGGCAAGUCAAAGACACGAUCAAUCAUUGCAAGCAUUUUAUAUCAAGCGAUUAGCUCAACGUUAUCAAGCCAAUGAAGUCGCAGUCAAGAACGCAAUCGCUCUAUUACGAGAAGGAAAUACUGUGCCAUUUAUCGUUCGUUACAAGAGUAGCAUGAUCCAAGGAAUUAAUGAUAUAAAUAUUCAGCAAAUUCGAAAUGACUACGAAGACUUCAUAUUACUUCAAGAAGAAAGCAAGAAACUAAAGACAAGGCUGCAAAAAAGCGGUGCUUUAACUUUACAGCUAGAGCAAGAGCUCGAUCGCGCUGAGUCUGUGGAAGAAAUUAAAGAAUUGGCUAAACAGUUUAAAACAACUCCCACUGGAUCAUUAGCCGAUAGAGCUAAAAAACUUGGUCUGGAUAAGUUAGCCACUUUAUUACUUGAAAAUAAAAUUGAUCAAGUGAAUUUUAAAUCGUGGAUCAAAAGAGAUACUCAAGGUCUAGCAUCAAUCGAAGAGAUCCAGAAUGGUGUCAAACACAUCUUAGCUAAUGUAAUCGCCAAGAAUUCUAAUUGCAGAAGUUACGUCGGCAAACUAUUUAAAAAUGCUGAGAUCACUUCAUUCCUAUCGUCAACAACAAUCAAGCAGCAAAUGCAUAAUCCCUCAUUCGAUAAUGUUUUGGAGAGAUAUUCUAACUUUCAAAGAAAAGUUACACAUGUUCUACCUCAUCAGGUGUUGGCUCUGAAUCGUGGUGAACGAGAGAAAAUCCUAACUGUGAAAAUAAAAGCUGAUUUCAAAGCUCAGGAAAAGUUCUGCACAUGGGCAAGAAAUGAAAUAUUCCCAUUUGUCCCGAAAAGAAAAGAUGUUGAACGCAUAUUUAAUGAAGCAACAAAGGAUGCAUUUGUUCGAUUGCUACAACCUGCUGAAGAAAGACGGAUUCGUGUUGUUAUUGCUAGACGUAAUCUGACAUGUCAAGCCCAAAAAGCGGCUGUGAGUAUUUUUACUCAAAAUUUGCGUCGGAUGUUGUUGACUCCGUCAGUAAGCGGAAAAGUCAUCUUGGGAAUAGAUCCUGGAUAUAAAAAUGGUUGCAAAUUAGCUAUAAUUGAUAAAUUAGGCGUAAUUACAGGUGAAGUAUUGCACGCUACUAUAAUCUAUAUACAUGAUGCAAGAAUCAGCGAAGCUGAGGCAACUCUAGUCAACCUUGUCCAAGGAUUCAAGUGUUCGCUUAUAGCAAUUGGUAACGGUUGUGCGUGCCGCGAUGUGGAAACUCUACUCAGUAACUUGACCUCAAGGAGAGCUUUCAAUUUUCAAAAGGUCAAGUACUGUAAAAUGUCUUUCAGCUUUGUCAACGAAUCUGGGAGCUCUUGGUAUAGUAUAUCGGAACUUGGCAGAGCGGAACUGCCGAAGUUAAUGCCAAACUUAAGGAGUGCCGUUUCUAUCGCUAGAAGAUUGCAAAACCCACUUGCUGAGAUGACAAAAGUAGAGCCAAAACAUUUGGGUGUUGGUAUGUAUCAGCAUGAUAUUCCUGAUAAGUUACUGGAAAAAGCGGUAAAAGGUGUCUUAGAGGCGUGCGUUAGUUUUGUUGGAAUCGAUUGUAAUACUGCCGACGUGACAAUGCUACAGCACGUUGCCGGUCUCAAUCUUAAGUGUGCAAAAGCUAUAGUUGAAUAUAGAAAAGAGAAUGGUCCGCUAUGCAACCGUGAACAGUUAAAGAAAAUAAAAGGAAUUGGACCGAAAACUUUUGAACAAUGUGCUGGCUUUCUACGAAUUAAUCCUGCUUCCUAUGAGGAAAACUUGAGCAACUACACGAGCCUGACGGUAUCAACAAGUUCUGGGAAAAGGAAGAUAUCCACUGAUAGUAGUAUCGUUGCAAGAAAGAAACAGAGAAUAAUAGCAGAAUCUAACAAGCUAGAUAUGACGAUAAUUCAUCCCGACAAUUAUCCUUCAGCACUGAAAUUUCUCCGGUACUUAGGAGCUACAAUGGAUGACAUAGGCGACCAAAAACUGAUUGAAAAAGUUACGCUACAGCUCAAUAUUCCAGGAUUUGAAGCUUUGCAAAAAUGUCUAGGGAUUGAUUCUGACGUAUUUAAAAAUUUAUGCGAUGCAUUGCAACAGAACCUUGAUUUUGAUAUUAGAUCCGAUUAUGAUGAACCUGUAUUCCGAAGUAGCAUUAUUUCAUUGCAGUCAAUUGUAAAUGGCACAAUUUUGACCGGUUGCGUCAGAAAUGUGACUACUUUCGGUAUAUUUGUGGAUUGUGGACUAGGAACAGACGGCAUGAUUCGGAUUGGUGAGGAAGUGAUAACUCAAUCUGAAAGCGAAAAACGCCCAUUGGGUCCAGGAGAUAGAGUAAAGGUAAAGGUUAAGCGUGUGAGCGGUGUAAAUAACAAGAGAAUCUUACUAGAAUUAGCACAGUAA